AUGGCCAACUCUCGGUUCGAAUACGUGAAACAGUUUGAGCACGACAAAUACCUUCUACCAAACACAUGGAUAGUCAUCAGAAUCGACGGGCGGGGGUUCAGCAAGCUAUGCGCCAAGUACGGCUUCGAGAAGCCCAACGAUCGCAGAGCCGUCGACCUCAUGAACGCUGCUGCGAAAGCAGUCGUGACCGAGCUGCCAGACAUCACCAUCGCGUAUGGAGUCAGUGAUGAGUAUAGCUUCGUAUUGCACAAGAGCUGCACCUUGUUUGAACGGAGAUCAAGUAAACUGAUAACCACAAUCUCCUCGACGUUCACUGCAUACUAUGUCCAUCUGUGGUCCAGCUACUUCCCCGACACGCCUUUAUCAUCUCCGCUUCCCAGUUUUGACGGACGGGCUGUUUGCUAUCCCAGCGUCCAGAAUCUGCGGGAUUACAUGAGCUGGCGGCAGGUUGACUGUCACAUCAACAACCUGUACAACACCACGUUCUGGUCGUUGAUCCAGCUUGGUGGUAUGGAAGCCAAAGAUGCCGAAAAGUUCCUCGCGGUGAGUGCUCACCCCUCAAGGAAGAGCCCGAAAUUGAUUGGCAUGCAGCCGACCCUCUCAGCGGACAAGAACGAGAUUCUCUUUUCGAAGUUUAAGAUCAACUACAACAACGAACCAGAGGUCUUCAGGAAGGGCACUGUGGUCUUCCGAGAUUAUGAGCUCGUUGAACCCGCAGGCCAGAGGGUGGCGGACGCGGUGGAUAAUCUGGCCGAGCCAGUCCAGCAGUCCAAGACGCAGGAAGAGACCGACAAGAAGCGACGGGCGAAGGCGCGAGUGGUGGUGGACCAUCUAGAUAUUAUCAAAGACGACUUCUGGGACAGGCGGCCGUGGCUGUUGUCGAACAAGCCGGGCAAGGUUCCGAAGCAGACAUAA